AUGCCCGAAGCUUCAAGUUAUUGUCCUUCGUGCGGCAAGAAAUUCAAAGAUCACUCAUCUGUCGCUCGCCAUAUGACAAUCCAGCAGACAUUUCUUGAGGAGGCAAAAUCAGAGUGUCGUGCCCAGCACGCAAUCGAGAAUGCAUUCCCAGAUGCCAUCAAGGAUUUGCCUCUUUCAGUCACCGAAGCACUCUCGAUGUCACUCAUCAAAUGGCUUGAAGCAGGUAAUGAGGUGGAAGCAGGUAUAUGGCCUGACCACAAGGCUGAUAUGGCCAAGCUGCUAUAUGAAGACUUAUCAACCUGGCACUCCGACCUCAAGAAGAUAGCUAUCAGCACUGCGCCCUCCAUGUAUAACCUCAUCCCCUCAGCUGAUGUACUUCCUCAAGCUUGCACCGCCUGGGUUGCGAAUGCUGCUACAGAACUGUUGGACGACUCUGUGUUUCUUUGCGACAGUGUGGAUGAACUUGGGAAAACCAACAACACUGCUCACCCUGCACUCAAGGCAGCUGCCAUUGCCUUCUUCUACACUGGUUCCUAUUGUAUCACUCACAGGAGACCCGAUAUCUUCAAAGAGGAGUUACCUUUGGAGUCUUUGGCUUUGGUUUGCGCUGCGUACAACUGCGUCUUCGAUGGGCUAGUCAAGAAUGGCAGUGGCAAGUAUUUUCCGAAGUUUACUGCCAAAGACUACUCCUCCAUCUAUCUCUUGAUGGUUGCUGAACUCAAGAAGAUCAUGAAGCACACAUCACGGCCCUAA